UGAAGAUGAAAUAUGGACGAUACAAUUUUCUGUCAAUGUAAUAUUUUUAUAAACAAAUUAAAAAGGUUUUAAAUAAAAAAACCAUGAUAUCAAAUCGAAAGUACAGAAAAUAGCAUGUCAGUCAAUUCAAUACAGGACAUUUUUGAAAUAAAACCCCUUUUACAAAAUAUUAGUAUAAAAUUAUGUGCAAGAUGCGAGAAUGGGGUGAAACAAAUAUUAGCUUUAAUUACAAGUGAGGGUGACGUAGUACUUCAUUAUACCUAUGGGGAGUUGACCCCUGUAUUAAAAAGAAUUCCAUGGUUUAAUGAUAGUUUUAAGCAACUGGAAGCACUUUGUUUUGAUCCAUCAGCUACUUGGUUGCUUGUAGUUUCUUUGGACUGUUCACUCUACAUUAUUCCAGCACUUAGUUUAGUUGACAGAAAACAGAAAAUUGACUGUAAAUGGUCGUUAACAGAUCUUACACAUUUUCCCAGACCUACCCAGAUACCUGAUUCCAAACCGACCAGUGUUAUUUGGUGGCAAACUCUAGACUGCAAUCAAAAUGCACUUGUUGGUUUUGAAAAUGGUUCCAUUGUAUUGAUAAGUUUAACUGAUGGACGGUGUUUAGGCAGCUGUAGCAUAACUGAAAGUGUAAAAGGGCUUAAUAUAUGCCAUGAUAAUAAUUUGGAGACUGUAUCCUUACUGAUAAAUGGAGUUAGUGGACAACAAUGGAGAUUAAUAUUGGAACAACAUUCAACAGGAUAUCUUUGGCCUCCUGAGGCUUACACUCAAUCUGAAGAUUCAACCAGGUCGCGCUUAUACAAUCUCAAGCAGCUAGGUGUGGAUAAAUUUGCCUCUUUAAAGCAACGUUUAACUGAAGCUAGAGGCAGUAGACGAGAUAGUCAAAGUGACUCUACCAGUGAAUGUUCUCACACAGAAUCUGUCAGUUCAAAUGCAUCUGGACCGGAAUUGUUGCCGCAUUUGUGUGAUACGCACUUUGCACCACAGUAUGCCAGAAAUAGAUAUUUGUUCACGGCGUUUUAUAAACCCACAAGUUUACUUACAGUGCAUGCAGUGGAUGUUGAAUCAGCCCCGUUGUAUGUUCAUAAGUUACCCCAAAAAACUUCAACCAUUUUACUGACAGAUCGACUAAUAUAUGCUGUUAAUGAGGAAUUCAAAAUGGUAUCGAUUAUAAGUUCCCAUCUUUCUGAAUGCCGAUUAGAAGGGGAAGCAGAAUUUAAUAGUGAUUCAAUAAUAGCACAGUUUUACCUAGAAAGUGGAAAAAUAUUGAAACUUUACAAGGUGGCCGAUUUAUCUACGAUUCGAUUAAAAAAGAGAGAUGAUAAUAAGAGAGAUAAAGUUUUCAACUUACCCAAAACUGUGGAUGAUUUGAAUCUUCCAAAAUCGCUAAUAGAUACAUGCAUAAUUGUUACUGAUAGUUGCGUUUAUAAAAUUUUUGUUAGCUGUUCUCCUGUUAAAAAAUUCGUUGAGUAUGUUACUGAAGAAAGCGACAUAGACAAAGCUGAAAGGGUAUCCACCAUCUUCGGCCUCAACAUCCAACAACUGUUAGAAUGCUGUGGAGAUCUCCUAAUAUCUCGAGGGUCGUACCAUUCCGGUAUUAUUCUGUACAAAGAGGCGAAAGUACACCUUCUAAAGCGUGUCUUGAAAUUAGCAGUUUCUGCAGAUUGCAGGACACUACUGAAAUUCGUUCAUCUGUGUCUUAGCGCCAGCAAGGUUGAUAUGUCAGUUGCUACUAAGAUACACAUCGGAAACUUGGCUGUGAUGGCUUAUACUGAGCUGAUUUUGAGAUAUGGUGGACAUCAGCGGGUGUCGAAUACCAAGGAUUUCAUGAAUUUCUUGUCUUUUGAAGAAUAUUAUGAUCAAAUUCUGGCUGUGAACGUUGCAUGUCAGGCAGGUCAUUGGAACAUUGUUACAUUAUUGGCGAAAUCUAGAGGUCUUCAGCCUGAAGUUGUUACAGCCUUGGGACAGAUUUUACAAAGUUCCAGGGCUCCGAAACCGACAGAAAAGGAUUUUUUGUACUGUCUAUCUGAGCCCUGCCUUACUCAGAGUUUGUUGAUAUUUGGCCAGUGUUCUCAAUAUAUUUUUCUAUACAUCAGAGAAAACAUUGAAACUUUUUCUGUCGACAUAUUGCGUCGUCUAGCUGUGCAGUUGGAUCCUAGCCAACCCGGCGCAGUACCUUUGGUCAGCAGACUGUUCCAAACUACUAAAUUUUCAUCUAGUUUGGACACGACGAUUGAAUCAGUGGAUUUUGAAAAUCCAGAUAGAACUGUAGUAACAGUAAAAGAUCUGAUAGAUACAUUCCUAGUUGUUUUAAUACAUUUAGUUUGGAAGACUGAGAAAAUUGGAUUUGAAUUAUCCCUUUUAGAUACUAUACAACUGCCUGAAACUCCCUCUUCUCCUUAUCCUUUCAAAAAACUGCCAGAUUUGCAUCCCUUAGGCUGUGGUUUUGAACAUGCUGCUGUAAUUCGCAAUAAUAAUGUUUAUACAAUGGGCGUAUCGACUUCUGGAUGUCUGGGUCUUGGGCCCUUAUUAACUCAGAGUAGUCCUGCUCGACUUGUACAGACUCUUUCAGAAUUGAAAGUUAAGGUUCUUAGUGUAAGCUGUGGAAAGAAGCACACGUUGGCUUUAACAGAUUUUGGGGUAUUUUCUUGGGGCUCCAACACCUAUGGCCAACUCGGCUUAGGCCAUCAAGUUCACGAAAGUCCGUAUCCUCAAAUUUUGUCGACACUUUCGUCUAAUAAAAUCAUCGAUUUGGCUGCGGGUCAGUACCACAGCGUAGCUCUCUCUUCUUUGGGACAAGUCUUCACUUGGGGUUGGGGAAUACAUGGACAACUAGGACAUGGUAACUGUGAUAAUGAAUUUUUACCGAAACUUUUGGAUUUUCCUGAAGUUAUAAAGCAAGUAGCUGCAGGACAUGCCCACACUCUUAUUCUAACAAACGACGGCAAUUUAUACGGUUUUGGUUCUAACGUUUUUGGGCAACUAGAAGGCAGCCAGAGUGAAGGAAACAAAUUUGUCACGCCUGUUUGGGUAUUAGUUCCUACUGAUAGUUACACUCCAAUUGAGAAAAUAGCUUCAGCGUACUUCCACAAUAUUGCUGUUUUAAAAGAUCAAGAAGUACACACGUGGGGUGCUAGUCCGCAAGAGGUGCGAAUUUUUCAGUCGAAAAACAACCAAAAACAAAAUGGCGUGCUUGCAAAACCGACCGAGUCCUGGAAAUCUAGUACGCACAUAUAUUCUGGUGUUGGUAAAAAACCAAUUGAAAGAGUUGCUGUUGGGUACAGGCACUCUGUUGUCUUGCAUAACGGAAAGUUAUUGUGGGGCAAAAAUAGAGAAGAAGAACUGAAUUCUCCGAAAUUGAAACAACAGGAUGGUGUAAAUAGUUUUUUCAUUCAAAAGUUUAUGCACGUCGCUUGUGGUUUAGAUUACACCAUGGCCAUCGAUCAUACCGGAAAAGUGUUAGCUUGGGGAAGCCCCUCGAUGGCGCAGACAAUUCUCGGCAGAUCUGUGGAAGAAGACAACCGAAAACUAGAAGGCAAAGUAGUCAUCUUCAAAAACACCAAAAGAGUGAUCAAGUUUCCUAAUCAAGGCCAAAGUAGCACAGAUAGUCUUCCAAUAGAAGUUCCUGGACUACCGUCCAUGGCGAUAACGUUCAACCCCAGCGAUCAUAAACUUCUUUUUUCUAGAAACUAUUUAGCUUACGCUGUGCGCACAAUCGAGAACAACGAAGUGAUUAUUGAAAAUACCAAUAUUUCGUCAUUGGAUAGCAUUUACGAAACUCCCAAUCUAAAAUUUGGACACAGAACUCUACAUUAUGUGUUGGAGACUUAUCAUGGGUUCUAUGAUACUGAUAAUGUGUUGUCUAAGUGUCUUGAAGUACAAAAUUAUCAGGCAGCUGCAAAACUAGCAAUAUUAGACGGCCAUUUCGGCGACAGUUUAGGAUUCCAACUAAUAGCGUUCAAAAAACAUUUAGACUUCCUAAACCUCGACUUAGAUUUCGCUAGUAACGCCAAAGAAGCCCCAUCAGAAUCCAAGGACUAUAUAGAGCUAACCGUCAGAAAUAUUCAAGAUGACCUAAACGAGAAAAACCUCGCCUACUCGAACAAUUCCCCUGCACAUAUUUUAAGCACCAGCUCCAGUUUGGACAGCAUAAGACAAUGGGGAGACGACGUAGAACACCAAGGUGGUAAAGAAUCCCCGUGCGAAGCAGAAUCUGGCGAUAUUAGACAAAAUAUUUCCCACUAUGUACAAUCUUUGAAGCAUCAUGAUAAUUCUCCUAUUGGUAGCGUUUCAAAGUUGGUAUCAGAAAUGGAUAAUGUUCAAAUUAAAAUGAAACAACCAGACACUGGUUUGCAAGUUAAAGACAAGGCUGUUUUGGAAAUUCUCGAAGCUGCUUCAUAUUUGGUCGAAUUUUAUAUUCGAAAAAUCUACAUUUCGGAGAACCACAUUUUGAUGCAGAACAUCCUCAUGAAAUGCAUAGAAUUUUGGUUAUCUAAUAACCUUCCAGUACCUGUUCUAGAAAGUGUUCUUCUCAAAAACAUGGACAAAUACUUCUAUCCCUUGUCCAUACUGCUUUUCUGCAAAGAUUUCAGCAAUCCCGAAUAUGAGGACGUGAAGCCUACAUCGACGGGAUUUUUAAAAGAAUUCUCGACCAAAUUUUGCCUUCAGCUGUGUUCCAUGGUGUUGGAAAACGUCGAUAAGGUGUAAUUUCAAGUUGUUGCAUUUUUAAAGUUAUUUUUAAGCGUAUUUUAGUAGUUUAUUGUAAGGGUGAUUUCAAAAAUUAAUUAUAUUUUUGAACAUGCAAAAUAUUAUAUAACUACCUAAUAGACAGAUGUCACAUUUCCGGAGAAUGUCAAAUGUCAGUCUACUGAAAAAUCAGUAUAUUUUAUAACCCAAAAUUGACAAUCGUCUUAAGUUUUUGAAAGCAUCCUACAUGUUAUAAAAGAAACUAGUCAAAAAAAAAUUGGUAGGUCUCAUUAUUUGUUGGUUUUUAGUUGCAUUUUUGUUAAUCUUUUCAAUCUUCCUGACUAAAGUGUUUUAGCUUUUCAGUAGGAAUUUUGGUAGACCUUUCACUAAAUACCUUUUUGUCAUCCUUUUGUAGAAUGAACAUAAGAUAUUGAAAAAAUAAUUUGCUGUUUAAAUUAAUCAAGAAACCCAUCGACACUUUGAACAUGAACAUAAAAAAAAAUUACUCAGAAUGUGGCAGUUAAGUAAUUUUUUCAAUAAUUUUAUUAAACCAUUUUACGAAAUAGUACUAGUCAAUAUUUAACUCUUACAAAAAAAGAAUCUAUAGCACAAAUCUCACACAUAAUCAUUUUGAUAAUGAAAAUGGUAAAUACUCAAAUUUCAAAAUAAGUAUAUUGUAAACAACUUGUAAAAAUAAUAGCUGUUCUACCAAAAAUAAGUUAAAUAGAAAAUUGAUUUUGCUUUUUAUUUGCUUUAAGUGUUAUCACGUACUUAUGUUGUUUUUGUUUAGUUCAAUUAUUAUAUUUUAAAUAAGUCCUAAAAAGCAGAAUGACUGAAAAUUGUGUAAAAUACAAUUUAAUAAUUUAUUUGAAUCUUCUUGACUCAACGUCAUGCAUAAAAUUUGAUGUAAAUCUUCAACUAAACUGUUAAGAUAUUGAAUUUAUGUUAUAAUGUCAUUGAAUUUAUUAAGCAAAUCAACUUUUCAUUAUAGCGAUAUUUAUAUAUUUACUUUAAGAUUGUGAUGUUUAAUGUUAUUUUAUAAUUUUUUUAGAAAUACUAAGUUUGUACCUGCUGCGUUGUUAAUUAUUGAUUUAGAACGUAUACACAAAUUGGAUAGUUGUAUUUUUAAAAAUAAACUGUAUUUAAA